AUGAAGGGGUCCGACAGAAGCUCGGCGGUACUAGGGCAGCUAGGUUUCAUGGCGGCGACAGUGGAAGGGAGACCAGAUCGCGCCAUCGAAGUUGCUUUUGCUGCCGAUUUUGGAUUUCAGAUGGGCGAUAACCACAUGCAAAUAGUGAGAGUGAAAGGGACGCCAUGGGAGAGGGAAACCGGCAACGAAGGAGCGGAACGCGACCUCAACGCCGGAGGGAACUCAACUCAACCGGGGGAAAAGAAGGGACUCUCUAGGAGUGUAAAGGCCGCCAUGGGAGAAGAAGUACUCGUCGGAGGAGCGGAUCUUUGA